GACGUUUUUUCACAUACGCAACGCAGAAGUUGGUGAACUUUUACACAAAUGGAUCAAAACGGCGUCGUUAGCUUCCGCCACCGUCAAUCUCCAUCCUCCGAUCGGUUUCUCGGCGUCUUCUCCCCGCCGUUGAGUGAUGCUUCUCUCGGCGGUGGGAUAGAUGAACCAGUCGCCGAUGAUGAUGAGCUCAACGAAGAUGACGUGUUCUGGACUGGAAGAGUUUUGACUGAAUCUCAACUCCGUUCUACUUCUCCUUCACGAAAUAGUUUCCGGCAGCCUGAGAAGUUCGGUAUUCUCGCGGCAUUAGCGGAGGAUCAACAGAAAACUAAUCUGCCUGUUGUACGUCGGAAGCCUUCAAUCGCUUCCUCGCCUUCUAGUACGGAGUCGAUCCCGCAAUCGCCGAUUUCAUCUUCGCCUUCUACUGUGAUACCGUUUUCACGUGCCUUUCCUUCGAUUCCUAAGCCUCCAUCAGGUAACAAUAAUUUUAAUCACUCAAAAUCCAUGCCGGCGAGGAAUUUCCAGCACUCAGCUCCUGUCAAUGUUCCAAUGAUGGCGAAGAAGACACCAAAGCAUAGCGACCUAGCUGAAGUUGAAAUUGAAGACGAUGAUGCUGACGAUGAGAUGUUACCGCCGCACGAGAUGGUGGCCCGAGGAUCAAUGAGGUCUCCUAGAACCACUUUCUCGGUGCUGGAAGGUGUUGGAAGAACUCUCAAGGGAAGGGAUCUUCGUCAGGUUCGCAAUGCUGUGUGGCGCCAAACAGGUUUUCAGGAUUGAAAUAUGCUCAAUGAAUGUUGAUAUAACUAUAUAUCUUGUUUUAGAUAUCUAAAGUUAUAAACUGACCUGAUGUUUUUGUUAUAUUCUGUAUAUAGGCAAUGAAGAAAUACUUUUACAAAUUUCUUCAGUUUCUUAUGUGGCCUAAGUGUAUUGAAAGAAGACGAAGUUAUUUUCUAGAAAAAUUGGGUGAUAUGUUAUAUCAACAUGGUACAAUUUGGGCAAUGAUCUCUUUGAAUGUUAAUGCAAGAUAGUUUUGUCAAAUUCUAUAUGAUGUUGGUUGAACUUCAUUAUUUGUUAAAAAGUUUCCAGCUUUUAGCCAUUGAUCUCUGUUAUCUUUGCUAUGUCUAUAAUAAAAGUUCAUAGAUCAUUGCCUGUCC